AUGGUGCUGGCACCUGGCUUGCUGCUGCACCUGAAGAGGUACUCCAGGUCCAGCAGGGCAUGGGAAGAGACGUGGCCAGACGCCUCCUGGAAGGUGAAGACGGCCACCUUCCGUGAGGUGGUUCGCCAGCACCCUCCCCGAAGCUGGAGGGUGAGCUUCACCUUCGCGGGGCUCGCCCCGGCGGAGGUGUCACCCACCACGAGUAAGCCAAGUAAGCCAAGUCUAAGUGAGCCAAGUCUAAGUAAGCCAAGUCUAAGUAAGCCAAGUCUAAGUGAGCCAAGUAUAAGUAAGCCAAGUAUAAGUAAGCCAAGUCUAAGUGAGCCAAGUCUAAGUAAGCCAAGUCUAAGUAAGCCAAGUCUAAGUGAGCCAAGUCUAAGUAAGCCAAGUCUAAGUAAGCCAAGUCUAAGUAAGCCAAGUCUAAGUGAGCCAAGUCUAAGUAAGCCAAGUCUAAGUAAGCCAAGUCUAAGUAAGCCAAGUCUAAGUAAGCCAAGUCUAAGUAAGCCAAGUCUAAGUAAGCCAAGUCUAAGUAAGCCAAGUCUAAGUGAGCCAAGUCUAAGUAAGCCAAGUCUAAGUAAGCCAAGUCUAAGUAAGCCAAGUCUAAGUAAGCCAAGUCUAAGUAAGCCAAGUCUAAGUAAGCCAAGUAAGCCAAGUCUAAGUGAGCCAAGUCUAAGUAAGCCAAGUCUAAGUAAGCCAAGUCUAAGUAAGCCAAGUCUAAGUAAGCCAUUAAGUAUAGCCAAUAAGUAA